AUUGUGAUUUGUUCUUCAAACAUAUACUAACAUAAAUUAAUAUACACAUCGAGUGCAGAUAAAUUUUUACAACCAAAUAUUCUAAUCAUAUUCCUAAUUCAUAAAUCUAUUCUAAUACACAAAAACCAAUUUCAACAACCUUAAAAAAUAGAAAGAAAUGUCUUCUCUCUUUGUCUAUCUCUUUGUACUCUCUUGCUUCUCUCUAAAAACCCAUCUUCCUUUUGUAACAAGCCAGAAAAAUUCAAUAAUUGGAGACACAAUUGAUGCAAAUAAAUGGAUUUCUAUUGCCUCAACAAUAGUUUCAUCAGGUGGAAAUUUUGAGAUGGGAUUCUUCACACCAGGUAAUAAUUCCAAUUAUUACAUAGGUAUAUGGUACAAAAAGUUAAGUAUACAAACUGUUAUUUGGGUAGCAAAUAGAGUAACACCAGUUUCCAUUUAUGAAAUGGAUUUUGCACAAUUCAAGAUUCAAAAUGGAAACUUAGUUCUACUCAAUGGAACCAGACAUAUAAUUUGGUCCACAAGUCUAAAUUUCUCUACCGAUUCUAAUACUUCUCAAGUUGUAGCAACUUUAUUUGAUGAUGGGAAUUUGAUAUUGAGUAAUGGAGAUAUUAAUAAUUCAAGAAAUCAUCUAUGGACAAGUUUUGAUCAUCCGUCUCAUACGUUUAUGCCCGGUUCAAAAUUCGGGUUCAAUAAACGUACGAAACUAAAACAGGCUCUGAUAUCAUGGAAAAACUCAAACGAUCCUUCUCCAGGACCCUUUACACAUGAAGUUAACAUGGAUAAAUAUAGUGGUCAAGGUGUUAAUAUGUGGAACGAUAGUGUAAUUUAUUGGAACAGUGGACCUUGGACUGGUAACAAUUUUACUGGUGUACCUUACGAACCAAAUCCUAUGUUUAAUUACACAUAUGUUAACAAUGAUAAUGAGGUUUAUUAUCAGUACAAUUUCUUUAAUCCUGCACUUAUAUCAAGAUUUAUUAUGGAUUUCGAUGGACAAACGAAACAAUUCCUAUGGAUGGAUAGCACGAACGAAUGGAAGGUGUUUUAUGCUGAUCCGAAACAAGUUUGUGAUGUUUUUGGUUAUUGUGGAGCUUUUGGUAUUUGUAAUGAACUAAGCUCCGCGGCUUCAGUAUGUGAUUGUUUGCCUGGUUUUAAGCCUAAAUCGGACGAAGAUUGGAAUUUGAAAAGUUUUUCUGGUGGAUGUAUGAGGAAAAUUGGAUUGAAAUGUGGUAAUUCUAGUGUUGUUGAUGGGGAGAAAGACAAGUUUUUGAUGCAGAAAAAUAUGAGAUUACCUGCAAAUAAUGAGUCUAUGAUAGUUCAGAAUGAAGUUGAAUGUGAAAAUACAUGUUUAAAGAAUUGUGAUUGUGUUGCUUAUGCUUAUAAUAGUGGAAAUAUUGGAUGUUUGAUUUGGAGUGGAGAAAUCUUGAAUUUACAACAACUAUCUCAAGAUAAUACAAAUGGAAGCACAAUCUAUGUUAGGCUUGCAGCUUCUGAAUUUUCAAGUAACAAAGAUGAACAUCAAAAGCAAACAUCAAAAAAGCUGAAAAUUGCCAUUCCUAUUGGUGUAAUUGCUGCACUUCUCUUUCUUUCAUGCUUUUCCUACAUAUAUUAUAGAAAAAGAAGAAACAGAAAAAUCAAAGAGAGUACUACAAAAUCUGUCAUGCAAAAUACUGAAGGAGAAGCAGAGCUAAUUGAUAUUCAAGAUGAUGAUAAAGGCAAUAUUGAAGUUCCAUUCUUUAGUUUUGAAAGCAUAUUAAUGGCAACAGAUGACUUCUCAGAACAAAAUAAGCUUGGACAAGGGGGAUUUGGCCCUGUUUACAAGGGCAUAUUUUCAGGAGGAAGAGAAAUUGCAGUGAAAAGGCUAUCAAGUCAUUCUGGACAAGGCAUAAAUGAAUUCAAGAAUGAAGUAAUGUUGAUUGCAAGGCUUCAACAUAGAAAUCUUGUUAGACUUUUGGGUUAUUGUAUCCAAUCAAAUGAAAAGAUUUUACUCUAUGAGUAUAUGGCAAACAAAAGUUUAGACACCUUCAUAUUUGCUCCGCAAGAUCGAAAACUAUGCAUGAAAUUGGAUUGGAGGAAGAGAUUUGAAAUUAUAGAGGGAAUUGCUAGAGGACUUCUUUAUCUACACUAUGACUCAAGGUUAAGGAUCAUUCAUAGAGAUCUCAAAACAAGUAAUAUAUUAUUAGAUGAAGAGUUGAACCCAAAAAUAUCAGAUUUUGGCUUAGCAAGGGUUGUUGAAGGGAAAAUUACACAAGCAAAUACAAAUAAAGUGGUUGGAACCUAUGGCUAUAUGGCUCCAGAAUAUGCAAUAGAUGGAUUAUUUUCAAUUAAGUCAGAUGUAUUUAGUUUUGGAAUAGUUAUACUGGAGAUCAUCAGUGGUAGAAGAAAUACUGGAUUUUUUCACCAAGAAGAAGCAUCAAACCUCUUAGGCCAUGCAUGGAGAUUAUGGAAAGAAGAUAAGGCAAUGGACUUAGUGGAUCAAUCACUACAAGAAUCAUGCAACAAAGAAGAAGCAAUUAAAUGCCUUAAUGUUGGGCUUUUGUGUGUACAAGAAGAUCCAAAAGAUCGACCCAACACAACAAAUAUAAUAAUGAUGCUUGGUAGUGAAAAUAUUAUUUCUCUUCCAAGGCCAAAUCAACCAGCUUUUAUGACAAGAAAAUGUGCUAAUAACACAUCUUCUUCUUCUGCUGCUAAAUCAGAUAUUGUUUCCAAUAAUGAGCUGACUGUCACCAUUGAAACCGGUCGAUAACAAGCUAUGUUGCUCGAACUAGUUAAAAAUUUCGCCGGCUGCAUGUCGGUUCCUCCAAAAGUAAGUACGACAGUAAUUUUGGAGACUCAAUGCGCAACAUAUAUAACAAGAGUAAGAUGCUAUCAAUUUUGUAAACAUUUUCAUUAAUUUAUGUAUCUUUACAUAAGCUGCAAAGAUAGUAUAGUUAACACAACAUAGACAUGGUAUGAGUAGCUACAUUGUUAGUGUUAAUGGGACUAAGAAAAGUCCCUAAUUGUAACAUGAUGUGUGUGUACAUAUAAAAAAGAGCUCCUUGUAAAUUAAUGAUAACAUUUGGGAAUU